GAGAUUAUUGACACUGGGUCAACAGUUCAGCUCUCUCUGAGGUUAGAUGUCACGUUACCAAUGGCGACAGAACUGUUGACAUCUCAUAUGACCACCGACAAUCCAUUGAUGAAACAACAUUGUCUCAAGUUGCUCAAAGUUGUUGAAUUCUUGAGAACUUUAUGUAUUGAUGAAAACUCAAGGCAAUAUGUUGCACAGUGUCUUGAUGUACAGGUGGUUUUAAGCAUCCUGGAAUGCCAGCUAAAUCACAAUCAGAUUGGGCUAAGUAUGACUCGGAAGUCAAACCAAUCAGACUGGAG